AUGCUAUCCGCAUUCACUGCUCGGCCUCUCGUCGAGCUCAAACCACGAGACAAAUCCCGGAUCGAAUCGGUUCUCGCAUACGGCGACCGAGUCCUUGUCGGACUGAACAAUGGAAGUCUCCGAAUUUACCGAGUUAACGAAGUCGAAUGCGAUGCGCAUCCUCCCACGGAGAACGACGGCCAUGACCAUGACGCAACCGACACGAGUGCUCAGCCAACACAGAACGGCGAAAAUGGGACAAACGAUGUGACACAAAAGACGAAAGUGAAGCAGACGGAUCUUCUGCGUGAAUUGGAGAAGUUCUCCAGGUAUAAGAUUGAGCAGCUGGCUUUGAUCAAGGAGGCGAAGCUGCUGGUCUCCUUGUCGGGCGGAUACGUUUCGAUUCAUGACCUGCAGUCCUAUGAACUCCAAGAACAGCUCACGCGGACCAAGGGCGCGGCAGCAUUUGCCGUAACGUCAAAUAUUGUCAAUGAUCUCGAAACCGGUGUUCCGUCGAUCGUGUCGCGCCUUGCGGUGGCGGUUAAGAGGAAGAUAUUGCUAUGGUCAUGGCUGGAUAUGGAGUUGGAUAAUGAUACGGCAGAGCUGACCCUCGUCAGUGGUAUAAAGACUCUUACUUGGAUUUCUGGAACAAGGCUGGUAGCCGGGCUAGGCUCAAACUUUGUGUUGGUGGAUAUUGAGACGAAGACCGUUACCGAUCUCGCAGGGCCGGGGAGCAUUGGCGGCCUUGGAGGACAGGAAACUGGGCGUCUUGCGGGCGUUGGAGUCGCCAGUAUGAGUUAUAUGGGACUAGGUGGUUCUGCACCCAAACCGCUUGCCACACGACUUAGUGAGGGCCAGGUAUUGCUGGCUAAGGAUAUCAACACACAGUUUACGGACAUCGAUGGCAACCCGUUAGGCCGGCGACAGAUCCCGUGGAGCAAUGCGCCUACUGAUAUCGGUUAUUCGUACCCGUUCUUAUUAGCACUGCAUGAUCCUUCGAAGGGAAUAUUAGAGGUUCGGAAUCCGGAAACACUGUCAUUGCUUCAGUCCAUCUCAUUGCCGUCCGCAAACACAAUGCAUAUCGCUCAACCUACAAUAAGUCUUGCGCAUGCCGGCAAAGGAUUUCUUGUUGCGAGUGACCGGAUUAUAUGGAGGAUGGAGGCGCUGGGUUACGACAGCCAAAUCGAUUCGCUUGUGGAAAAAGGAUACCUUGACGAAGCCGUUAGCCUCGCUGGCAUGCUCGAGGAUGCGCUUCUUAAGGACAAGGAAGGCCGAAUACGAGAGAUCAAACUCGAAAAGGCCCAAGGUUUAUUCGGUCUACGGAAGUAUCUCGAAUCGAUGGAGCUAUUCACAGAGGUGUCUGCACCACCAGAGACCGUCAUUCGACUUUAUCCUAGGAUUAUUGCAGGCAACCUCACAUCUAUCAACGAAGAGCAGGAUGAGUUAGAAGGAAGCACGACUGAGAGUCAGAUUAAACUCCCCGACGGUCACGCUCACACCGAGGGAAGCCAUUCAGAAGAGUCGCCCGUCAAGGCUUUGAAUCAUACGCCAUCAAUGAUGUCGUUCCUUCGAAACCGGGAUGAAGGAAGUGGUAGUGAGUCGGGCAGUAUCCGUGGAAAGCCAGCGGAAGAUGCACGCGAUGAGAAGCCUUUAACUGGGAAGGACCUUAAACUUGCGGUUCGUGAACUACAGGCGUAUCUUGCCGACGUACGAAGGCGGUUCCAGCGAUUCCUUAAUCCAGACGGCUCUCUGAAAAUCGAUCCACAAACAACUGCGGCAGAUGAUGAAUUUACAGAUUCUGUCAUGAAAUUACUGGACGUGACGAAGGAUGAUGUAGAUUACGAUUUCGGAGAGCAGCUCCGCGAGAAGGCAAAACUUGUCGAUACAACCCUAUUCAGGGUUUACAUGUAUGCCACGCCUUCUCUUGCAGGCUCGCUCUUCCGGAUUGCCAACUUUUGUGAUCCGGAAGUAGUCAUGGAGAAGCUUGAAGAGACAGGCCGCCACAACGAUCUUAUUGACUUCUUAUAUGGGAAGAAAAUGCACCGCCAAGCUCUUGAACUCCUCAGGAAGUUCGGCCAAUCUGACGCUGAAGAAGAAACGGCGCCGCAGCUACAUGGUCCAAAGAGGAUGGUUGCUUAUCUACAGCAUCUCCCUCCAGAGCAUAUCGACCUUAUUCUUGAAUUUGCGAAAUGGCCUGCCCAGGAAGAUCCUGAACUUGGCAUGGAAAUAUUCCUUGCGGAUACCGAAAAUGCGGAAACACUGCCCCGGCAGAAAGUACUUGGUUUUCUGCAGGAAAUCGACAUCAAAUUGGCUGUUCGGUAUAUUGAACAUGUCAUUGGAGAACUGAAUGAUUUGACUCCCGACAUACAUCAAAAGCUUGUGGUUCUGUAUUUGGAUCGUUUACAGAAACAUCAAGACCAUCAGAACGAAUUUGCAAACGAGGAGGACUCUCUUGAGUGGCGGGAGAAAUUCAUCACUAUGCUGAGAACAAGCGAUCAAUAUUCUCCGUCCAAGAUUUUAGGUCGCCUGGAUCGUGACGACCCAGAGUUUUUCGAGGCUCGCGCAAUCCUUUUUAGCAAGAUGGGCCAACACAGGCAAGCACUAGAGAUUUAUGUAUUCAAGCUGGAAGAUUAUGACAAAGCAGAAGAAUACUGUAACCAUCUUCACAAGACAGAAGAUACACCAGCGCCAAGCGGGGCAGCAGGAGAAUAUUCCGCACUUGCUCCGUCUGAUGAUGAACCCUCUAUAUACUUAACAUUGCUGUCCUUGUAUCUAACUCCGCCUCACGGGUACAAGCCACAAUAUGGCCCAGCUCUUGAUAUCCUAGCCAAACACGGAUCUCGACUGCCCGCCAAUUCCGCGCUGGAGUUGAUUCCCGAAUCUCUCCCGGUCCAUGAGCUCGAAUUUUAUUUCAAAGGCCGAAUGCGCGCUGCCAAUACAAUUUUGAAUGAGAGCCGAAUCACAGCCAACCUGCUCAAAGUCCAAACGAUAAAGACACGCGCACAGCUUCUGCUCGGUGAAGGUACGGACGGGCGAUCAUCAAGAUCCAGACAUGUUACCGUUACCGAAGAACGGGUUUGCAGUGUCUGUCACAAGAGAAUUGGCGGUAGUGUGAUAAACGUUUUUCCUGAUAAUACUGUUGUACAUCUAGGCUGUGCCAGUCGCAUGUCCGCUUCGUAA